CAAACCCGCGUGUGCUUUGUAAGAAAACCUAAUUUCCACUCCCUCUCCUUUCUUUUCUUUCCCCCUAUAAAUUCCUUUCUUCCCCUUCUCCUCAACUCACAAUUCAUUUUUUUUUUUCCAAUCUCUUACAACAUAUGUCUCACAGACCCAACAUUCCACACUUCUCAUCUAUAGCUUUUGGUCUCCAUUCUCAUCUCCUGGUUUCCAGUGAGAUGUCCUCUAAUUCUAACUGGUCUUAACUAUUUCUUCAAUCAAUUUAUUCAGUUUUCACUACCCCAAAUUCUUAUUAGAAAUAGUUUAAAUAUACCCCUUCUAUUAUACUUUCUGUCAAAAUAUACCCUCCCCAUCAUUCUUUUUUUUUUUUUUUUUUAGUGCUACCAAAUUUAUUUUGAUUUCUUGAAACAUGGGUGUUAAAGGAUUUGUUGAAGGAGGCAUUGCUUCUAUUAUUGCUGGAUGUAGUACUCACCCACUUGAUUUAAUUAAAGUCCGAAUGCAACUUCAAGGAGAAUCUCCGGCCUCUGUUCAGAAUCUCCGGCCAGCACUUGCCUUCCACACUGCUACUACCAAUAUCCAUAUUCCGGUUGCUCCGACCCGUGUGGGACCCGUUUCAGUAGGUGUAAAAAUAAUACAACAAGAAGGUGUUAAGGCUUUGUUUUCCGGUGUAUCAGCAACUAUGCUAAGGCAAACACUUUAUUCUACGACCCGAAUGGGGUUGUACGAUAUGUUGAAACAGAAAUGGAGCGACCCGGAUAACGGCAGUAAUAUGUCGUUAUCCAGGAAGAUCCUCGCUGGCUUGAUAGCCGGCGGGGUGGGAGCGGCCGUCGGUAAUCCUGCUGACGUGGCGAUGGUCCGCAUGCAGGCAGACGGUCGUCUCCCAUUGGCGCAACGACGCAACUACAAGAGCGUCGUUGAUGCCAUUACUCAAAUGAGUAAAAGCGAAGGUGUUACUAGCCUGUGGCGCGGUUCAUCCCUUACAGUGAAUCGCGCUAUGCUAGUAACAGCAUCGCAACUAGCAUCGUAUGAUGAGUUUAAGGAGAUAAUUCUAGCGAAGGGGCUUAUGAAAGACGGGCUUGGGACCCACGUGACGGCGAGUUUCGCGGCGGGAUUUGUGGCGGCUGUGGUGUCGAAUCCUGUGGAUGUGAUUAAGACACGUGUCAUGAAUAUGAAGGUGGAGCCAGGGAUGGCCCCACCUUAUAAUGGGGCACUUGAUUGUGCUAUGAAAACUAUUAAAGCUGAGGGGCCAAUGGCUCUUUACAAGGGGUUUAUUCCUACAAUCUCAAGGCAAGGACCAUUUACUAUUGUGCUCUUUGUUACACUGGAACAAGUCCGCAAAUUGCUCAAGGAUUUCUGAUGAUGACGACGAAGAAAAAAGUGGAAUUUAGUAUCACGAAUUAACAAAAAAAUGUUUCGUUUAAUUGAUGUUUUUAAGUUUAAAUUUGUUACUUAAGUUUGGGAGAGAAGUAAUACCAAGUCUAUGGCCAAAUGUUGUGUUCUUAGAUCAUAUACUAUAAUUACUUCUAUAUAAAAAUGAUUUCUUGUUUGGUGGGA